AUGAUUCGCCGCACCUCAAUCCAAGCAGUCUUUUCCCAAAACAACUCCCAAAACGCAAACCUAGAUCCACCUCAUUCCCCACCGCCACCCGCAUCUCCACCUGUCCCCAACACCAACGCCAAUGAUCUCAAUGAACUUGACGAUGAGGAUUUUGGCUUCGACAACAAUAUACCACUUGCAGACCCUAGUAUAUGGGACAAACUCUUACAACACCGGUACCACGAUGAAAUAUCCAACAACGAGUUGCGUCCAACCCCCGAAGGAACUGCCACUCGGUCCGAACCAGAUAACCCAGAAGAACUGGAUAACAUUAGUGUGGAAACACUCUCUGACUACCUUGGCAACAUUGAUAUGGCAGCCUGUGGGCUUUCAGCAGAGGAUAUCAUGGAUGCGGAGGAUAUUGUUGAAGCGGUGGUUGAAGGUGGAGGAUAUCCACAAUCUCUCUUGUUUGACUUGUGUGUUAGGUUCAAGCCAACCGAAGAGUUUUUUGCAGAAUUAAUUCGGCGUUAUCAACCCAUCGACAGUGCAGAAGGAACCCGAAUCCCUUCUAUUAAACGACUUCGUACACUUACUCGUAAACUCUCGGGGCUCUCAGCAAAGCGACACCAUUGCUGCGUGAAUUCUUGCGUAGCUUUCAUCGGUUACUUAGGACAUAUGGAUACAUGUCCAGUCUGCCAUGAACCCCGCCUCGACUCAGCUGGCAAGCCUCGGAAUAUUUUUACCACCAUCCCCCUCAUUCCCCAACUUCGUUCCCUAUUUGCUUGCCCUAUCACCGCAGAGAAGAUGCGUCAUCGCCAUACGUAUACCAACGAUAAAAACACCAUGGCCGAUGUAUUUGAUUCUCUUCGCUAUCUAGAACUGCGCGACCUCUAUGUGGUAAUUGACGGCAAGCCGAUGCCCUAUAAAUACUUCGAAGAAGAACACGAAAUUGCCCUUGGAAUCGGUCUAGAUGGUGCUUGCCCAUUCAAACGCCGAACAAACACUUGCUGGCCCAUUCUCAUCAUCAACUACAACCUCAGCUCAGAGGAACGCACACGAAUCGAAAACAUGAUAUGUGUCGGUAUAAUCCCUGGCCCACAGUGUCCUGCCGACAUCAACUCAUUCCUUCAGCCCUUGAUCGACGAGCUUCGGGAGCUGGCACGUGGUGUGGCAACUGUUGACGCCAAUCAACGAAGGUUAUUUUCUCUGCGCGCGCAUCUCUUGACCAUAUUUGGCGAUAUCCCGGCGCUUACCAAAAUUUUGGAGCUGAUUGGUCACAAUGGUUGUCUCCCCUGCCGAUUUUGUUUCAUGCCCACUGUCCUAGGACCUACCUCGGGUGGUGGAUCUCAUCGAUAUUGCCCUUUACAUCAGCCGAAUGGAUUUCGAAUGGAUCCCCUCGACCUUCCCCUGAGGGAACACAACGACUCUAUUUGCACGGGCCUCAAGGUUCUGAACGCUAAAAAUGAGGCAGAGCGCAAGCGACUUGCAACUGAGUCGGGCAUCAAAGGGGUUACGCUGUUUGCGCGUGUGCCCUCUGUUUCAAUUCCCCGCUCCUUCCCUGUCGACCUCAUGCACUUAAUCUGGCAGAAUCUCAUCCCACAAUUAAUCGAUCUAUGGACUGGGGACUUCAACGAUCUAGAUAGCGGCCUUGAGGAUUAUCAAUUUAAGCAAGAUGUCUGGAAUGCCGUCUGCGAAGCUUGUAUCCCGUCCCGACGUACCAUGCCCACAGCUCUUGGGUGCCCUGUCCCUGAUCCUCGCAAGCGCUCUCAAUUCAUUGCUGAGACAUGGAAUGGGCUUACAACUCAAAUGGCCCCCUCGCUUCUUCGUGAACGAUUCUCUGACCAGCGCUAUUAUCAGCAUUUUGUCCGCCUGGUUAAACUUCUCUCGCUCGUUGUUUCAUUCGAUCUUUCGCGGGAUGAUAUUCCAGAAAUUCGACAAGGAUUUGCCGAAUGGGUCGAGGAGUAUGAACAAAUCUACUAUCAAUUUGACGAGGACAGGCUUCAGACUUGUCCCGUCAACAUUCAUUAUCUCCUCCAUGUCGCCGAUUCUCUCGAGUACAUGGGUCCUUUAUGGGCUUAUUGGGCUUACCCCAUGGAGCGAUUUUGUAGCUUUAUUAUCAACUCGGUUAAAAGCCGGCGGUAUCCAUAUGCCAACAUUGACGAACGCAUACUCAACCGAGCUCGAUUACAAAUAAUUCUACGGAAAUAUCGACUUAUUGAUAAGGAGCCGUUUGCUCUGCGGUAUCGUCCAGACGAAUCUGAGAACGCAACCAUGGUCCGUGGCUAUCCACUCGCUUAUUUGCUAAGUCCACACUUGAAACAUUUGCAUGUUGACCAACAUCUAAGGCGGCAAAUUGUCCGCUACCUCACGACUUGCUUUGAAAUCCUGGCACCUGCAGCGGAGGCACUCAUUCCAAACGAGCUGGAGCAAUGGGGGCGAUUGCGAAUUGGGAACGGAGGCGACACAAUCCAUGCACGCGGCUUCCACAAGCUACGUGCCGACGGGCGGGAUGCAUCUUUCGUUCGCUAUCAACUCAUGGUGGAUCAACUCGCCGAUGAUGCUCGUGCCUCACCAGAAUUUAAAGAGGAAAGCCAGUACGGUCAACUUCGACAUAUUUUCGUCCUUACUAUUCCCCCCAAAACCCGGAAAAUUAACCCCGAUCCCAAAAAGAAACAAUAUCUACUGCUUGCCCAGAUAUAUGAGGCACCGGUUCAUAUUGACGAAGCGGACGAAUAUAGGGUUGUAUGGUACAAAGGCAAGCUAGGAACAGGUGAAGUUGUCGAUGUAUCGACUAUACAUUGUGUAGUUGGGCGCAUACAGGAUGGAAACCAGUGGUGGAUAAUUGACCGAAGCGCAGAUAAUGCUCUUGCCCACCCUGAGUUUGUAGAUUAA